AAAAUUCUUCCUUUGUUUCUUUGGAUCCAAAAUGGUCCAUCUUUAAAGAUCGUAAGGCUUGUUAUCUAAGAAAUAAAGAUGCACGUGACUUUCUCUCCGUCCGGCGGGCGUACAGGGCAAUGUCGCUAUUCUGCUCGAAUGAGCUUCCAACCAAACAACUGUGUGACACGUGGAUCAGCACGUGUUUUACUAGUAUGGUGGAGACACUUUUCCUAAUAUUUGAAGCGGCGUGCGUUGGUUUGUUUACACACUUUCAAAUGGUUUACUACCGUCUGCUCAUCUCUAGUCCUGAUAGGCUAAUAAAAAUGCUACUCGAAAAUGAUUGGAUGCUCAAAAGUUUUAUUGAUAAUAUCUGUCAUCCUCCCAUUUUCGACGCCUUUCUGCACACAAUAAAAAGUGAAGCGGACUUUUCUGUUAUAAAAGACUUUCUUGUGAAAUGUUCCCAAAAUUCUCUUCUUGAAUAUCUUUUAGCGCUUUCCAGUGACGAAGGUAUGGGCAGCCCGGCGGCACUUGUAUUAGGGUCCCUUUCUGAUUCUGUUACCGAACUGAAAUCAAUUUAUAUGUUAUUUGGCACUCAAGAAAUAGUCCGGCGCGCCAUUCUUGUUGUGAUUGAUGGACUUUCCAGUACGUUGCCUGUUCCCGCUAGAAAGCGAGAGUGCAUAACCGCUUUGCAUUCGUACUACUCUCUCUGGAACCGCAGCAUACCAGUGAGUGGCACACACAAUAAUAAUUUGAACGUUCACGAAUGCUUUUUAGAAAUUCUUCCUUUUCUUUCUAAUCUUCUAGCGCACACCAAUAAAAACAGGUUUCAAUAUGAAGUUUCCAGUAUUAACGUUUUUAAUAUAUCUGUCGCGGAGUUACUUUAUAGCAUUCUUACGAAAGGCUUGUUCUAUAUGUUAACAAACAAUAAAUCCUUAUUUUCGUAA